GACAAGGAAACCUGCAUGGGUGUCAACAAUCAAAGUUACAUAUGUGAAACGGGCCACUGUUGUGGACAAUCCCAGUGUUGCAACUACUACUAUGAACUCUGGUGGUUUUGGCUGGUGUGGACCAUCAUCAUCAUCCUCAGCUGCUGUUGUGUUUGCCAUCACCGUCGCACCAAGCAUCGUCUCCAGGCGCAGCAGCGGCAACACGAGAUCAACCUGAUCGCUUACCGGGAAGCCCAUAACUAUUCAGCCCUGCCGUUUUACUUCCGGUUUUUGCCAAAUUAUUUACUACCUCCCUAUGAGGAAGUGGUGAACCGACCACCGACCCCCCCUCCACCGUACAGUGCCUUACAUCAGCAGUGCGUCCCAGCAGGCAGCAGUAGCACAAUCCCGGACACGCCAAGAAACCUGCAGCCAGCACAGAGCAGCUCGGCAGCACCCAGCGGCAAUAGCAGCAGUACUGACAACAGCGGGGCCCCUGGCCUUGGGGACCCCGAGCCCUCCACCGCCACGCUGGUCGAGCGAGCAGUUGCCAAAAUGCAAAGCGUCGAGCCCGGCGGUACCAGCACGGGAGCCGAGCUAGUGGAGAGGGCCGGUCCCGAUAAGGAUACGGAGUGCAAGGAGGAACUGCUGAAAGGUUACAGCUCUGAGAGCUUGGAGCAGAGCAGCGCCAUUCCCGAUGCGAAGGACAAGACGCCGGGCAGGCAGCGCCGCUUCACCGGCGACUCGGGCAUCGAAGUCUGUGUAUGCAACCGAGGCCAUCAUGACGACGACCUCAAGGAGUUCGACGGGCUCAUCGAUGAUGCUCUGGACGGGCCCCUGGACUUCUGCGACAGCUGCAGCGGCCACCCCCAUGGGGACGAGGAGGAAGGGCUUUUUAAUGCCACGGAAGAGCAGCACCGCGAACACAGCCACCACCACCUGCCCCGACAGCCGGUGUGUGUACUCUUGAACACAAUAAACGAGCAGGACUCUCCAAACUCUUGUACCAAUAACUCCCCCAGCUAAGGUGGCAGAGUGGAAGGGAGAAUUGGGGGAAAAAACAAAGAAAUAAAAGUGGAAUAAGAGAAUUAAAACUUUAACAGGAGGAAAAGGUGAUAAAACUUUCUUUUUUUAGUUUAUUUUUCUUUCUCCCCCUCCAACACAAUUCGAGGACUAGUCCUCGGAGGCCCGGCUUGUGGGGGACGGGUCACUGGGUUUUGUUAAUCGUGUCCGUGCUGCUCCGUGGGGCAGGGACUGUUGCUUCUCAAUGAUACCUUCUAACAAAUGGAAUUUUCCCAAUGGUGAUUUUGGUGAUGGUUAUUAUGAGUUUGUUGGUUUUAGUUUUCUGAAACACUGCUUUAUCUCGCAAUCAGUAAAGCUCAGCAAAUCUCACCCUGGGAGGAUACGAAAUCACCGUAAGGCUUCAACCUCCAGGUGUCUUCCCAGAAGCAAGCAGCUUCUGACAGUGCCGGCAGUCAGUAGCCCAAGAGUUCUGGUUUGCUAUAGUGCUCUUGAGGCAUUGGGGAUUUCUUUUCACGUUAGCUUUUUUUUUUUUUUUUGGUGUUAAGUUUUCCUGAAGCUGAUGAAUGCCUGAACACAUCAGCCCUAUAAUCUCUGGUGCUUCAGUGUUUAAGACAACAGGUAGGAAAUUUCCCACUUGAAGCUGGUGUCUGAAGGACCAGUUUCUUC